AUGUCGUCCUUGGUCUACGCUCUCGUGGGCAAGACGGGGCAUGGUAAGAGCUCAACAGCCAACUCGUUGUCAGCGUCAGAGCAUUUUCUGGCCCACGACAGCCUUGAGUCGGUCACAAGCAGUGUCAGCUCUUUUGAGUACACCACCGUGACUGGACAGACGCUUUUAUGUUUGGACCUGCCUGGAGCCGUUGACCCGAAGCUCACUUUGCCUGAGCUGGCAGCCAUCUCACCCUCCGGCCUGGAUGCUCUGGCGUGCAUCAUCCGCAAGGGCCGCCUGACAGACGAGGCGAUGGCUUCCAUAUCCCAGAUGGAGAUGCUGUUUGGUCAGGAGGUUUGGGCUCAUGCUGUUAUUGUCUUUACGCACUGCAUUUGCGACUUGGACAAGCUGAUGUCUGAUCUGGCCAAGCUUGGCGAGGACCAUGUCCUGAACAAGGUGAUUAAAAAGUCUAACAACCGAGUCGCCAAGAUUGACAACCUGACCCGGGAUGCCGAGAAGUUGAAAACAGAUGUAGAUUAUAUCCAUCAGCUUCUCAGCCAAGUUUCUACGGAGACUCGGAAGAAGUAUGAAAUUGAGCUCGCGUUCCCGCGAGCUCAGGAGGCCAGGCUAGACGCUCAGAUCGAGGCUGCCUGGAGACAGAAAGACGCGGAACUCGAAGAUUUGAGGAGCCGGUUCCUGCAGCGGCAUGUAUCUCAUGAGGAUUUUGAGAAAAAGGCCCAAGAGCUCAACGAAUAUCUUGAGCUCUUGAAGCAGCUUCGUCGUGACAGGGAGUUGGAGCAGGCGCAGAAGUCGUGCGAAGGAUGGGAGCGAGUAAAGCAGUUUCUUAGAUAG